AUGAAGUUUUUUAACAUCCUAGUAGUUGCAACUACAACUGCAUCUGCACUUUCUUUAUCAAACUACUUUGCCUCAUUCAAUCAGCAACAUCAACAGCAACAGCCAGAAAUUCUUAGCUUGGCAUCUACAAAACCCAUUCCGGGAGAUUCGCCAAUUGAGUUGUGCGAUGCUGAAAUCAAGCAUCUCGUGCAGUUUGAUUCCAUUUCAAUUACUCCAAAUCCACCAACUGCGGGUCAAAACCUUACAUUCACGGCGAGUGGGAUUGUUGAUCAAGAUAUUGUUGAUGGUGCUUAUGUCGAAGUUGACGUUAGAUACGGCUUUAUUAAGCUUAUUCACCAAACAUAUGACCUUUGUGAAGAUGCAGCACCGAAAGUUGACAUUACUUGUCCAUUGAAGAAGGGUAAACAAGUGAUUACAAAGGAUGUUGAGAUUCCUCAAGAAGUGCCACCAGGAAAGUACAUUGUGUUGGCACGUGCAUACACAAAGAAUGAUGAAUUGAUUACUUGUCUUACUGCUACAAUUGUGUUUCCGGCUGCGUGA